GUCUGAAGAUUUUUUUUUUGUUUUUUUUUUGUCAGUGAAAUUUGAAUUUUAUUCAUUUUCAACUUGUAUAUAGUUAAAAUAAGAGAAUAAUAAAAAUGACUGAAGAAACACGCCCCACUGUUGAAGAAAAAGAAAUUGAAAGUCCUAGUGAACAACAAAACGAUGAGUCUCUUAAAACUGUCUUUCAUGACCCCAAGAACUAUAAUGUAAAGCACCCUCUUCAGAAUACCUGGACUUUAUGGUUUGAUAAUCCUGGCAAAAAGGCAAAUGCUGCUUCAUGGUCUCAAAACUUAAAAGAAAUUGUUGAUGUUAAUACAGUUGAAGAUUUCUGGGGUGUUCAUAAUAAUAUUGUUAAAGUCAAUCAUCUUGAAAUUAGUUCAAAUUAUCAUGUUUUUAAAAAAGGAAUUCGACCUGAAUGGGAAGAUCCUGCUAAUGCUAAUGGUGGUAAAUUCAGUAUUCAAUUUCCUAGAAAUAGAACUGGUGAGGCUAUUAAUGAUUACUGGCUUAAUUUGAUCCUUACCAUGUUAGGAGAACAAUUUAAAUAUGAAGACGAAAUAUGUGGUGCUGUCGUGUCUGUGCGUAGAGUAUUCUAUAGAGUUGCUUUAUGGAUCAAAAGUUCCGAGAAAAACGAAACGACAGAAACAAUUGGUCGUCAAUUGAAAGAAUUCCUUAACCUUAAUAGUAGUUUAGUUGUUGAAUUCACCCCACACGGUGACUCAGCUGCUAAAUCAGGUGAAAAUAAAUUUACCAUCUAAAACAUUAUAUAACAAAGUUAGAAGGUGAAAUUUAAGGCACGUUCUUUAAAGAAAAAAAACUUACAUGUCAUAAUAAUAAUAAAUUAAUCUAUGUAAGUGUAUCACCAAAAACUAACGCGUAUUUUAUAUUUGAUGUACACAUAAAAAAAGAAGUAACGUUUUUUUUCCCGGAUUUAUUUUUACUUUC